AAUACGCAACGCACUGGUCUGCCAUCAUCGGAGCGUCACACUCAAAGAAUUAUAUCCUGUGGGAGUACGGAGGAUACGCCAGUGACGGGGUGAAGCAGGUAGCAGAGUGGGGCUCCCCUGUGAAAAUGGAAGAAGAAAUCAGGCAGAAGGGUCGAUGACAUUUUGACAGUGGUCAAGGCUAAAGCACAGUGGCCUGCCUGGCAACCUCAGAACGUACGGGCAGCGCCAUCUGCUGAGUUUUCGGUCGACCAGAACCGGCACCUGAUGUCCUUCGUGACGAUGCUGGGCCCGAGCCCUGACUGGAAUGUGGGGCUGUCGGCCGAGGACCUGUGUACCAAGGACUGCGGGUGGGUGCAGAGGGUCAUUCAGGACCUCAUCCCCUGGGAUGCCGGGACCGACAACGGGGUCACCUAUCUGUCACCAAACCAGCCAACUGCCCCCCAAGAGAGAAUCAAGCCCCCUGACCAGCCUGGAUCAUCCCAGGAGCCCCUUCUAUGACCCUGAGGGAGGCCCUAUUAUCCCUGUGUCCAGAGUGGUGAUAGAGAGGAUUGCACGGAAGGGGGACCAAUGCAAUAUUCAACCUGAUAAUGUGGACGAUAUAGUGGCAGAUCUUAGCCCCGAGGAGAAGGAUGAAGACGACACUCCAGAAACGUGCAUCUACUCCAAUUGGUCGCAGUGGUCGGCCUGCAGCUCCUCCACGUGUGAGAAGGGCAAACGGAUGAGGCAGAGGAUGCUGAAGGCACAGCUGGACCUCAGCGUGCCUUGUCCACACACUCAGGACUUUGAGCCGUGUAUGGGCCCUGGUUGUCAAGACUAUGAUGUCUCUACCUGCAUGAUGUCGGAGUGGAUCAGCUGGUCGCCUUGUAGUAUUUCUUGUGGAAUGGGCAUGAGGUCCAGAGAGAGAUACAUCAAACAGUACCCUGAGGAUGGCUCUCUGUGCCAACUACCCACCGAAGAGACGGAGAAAUGCAGCGUGAAUGAGGAGUGCACUCCGAGCACUUGCUUUGUGACCGAGUGGGGAGAAUGGGAGGUGUGCAGCGCCACCUGCGGGAUGGGCACGAAAAGGCGGCAUAGGAUGAUCAAGAUGCACCCGUCCGAUGGCUCCUUGUGCAAAGUGGAGGCGGAACAAACAGAGAAGUGUCUGAUGCCAGAUUGCCAGUCCAUCCCCUGCCUGCUGACCCUCUGGUCGGAAUGGAGUGACUGCAGUGUGACCUGUGGGAUCGGCAUGCGGACACGACAGAGGAUGCUCAAAUCUCCAUCUGAAGUGGGGGAAUGUAAUGAGGAGCUGGAGCAGAUCGAGAAGUGCAUGUUGCCGGAAUGCCCCACGGACUGCAUGGUGACGGAGUGGGCAGACUGGUCAGAGUGCAACAAGUCGUGUGGGAAGGGUCACGUGAUCAGGACGCGGAUGAUCAAACUGGAGCCGCAGUUCGGGGGGGCUCUGUGCCCCGAGACCGUCCAGCGGAAAAAGUGCAAACUGCGGAAAUGCUCGCGGGGCUCGAGCGACGAGAAGAGGCGGCGCAAGGAAGCCCCCGAGAGACGAAGGAACAAACAGACGAGGGAAGAGUCUGACCUCCUGGAGCUCACAGGGUGCAGGAUGAGAUCGUGGACGGGAUGGACAGAUUGUAGUAAGUUCUGCGGAGGUGGGAUCCAGGAGCGUUACAUGGUGGCCAAGAGACGCUACAGGGGGACCCAGCCCACCAGCUGCAGAGACAAGAAGGAAAUCCGGGCGUGCAGCGUCCACCCCUGCUAGGAAGCUCGGGGCCUGGCCUGGCUUGGCCUGGCUCGGCCUGGCUUGGCCUGGCUCGGCUCGGCUUGACUCAUGCAUUGGGCCGAUUGGGCAAAGAGGCUUUCCAUGCUCUUUACGAACAAGAGCGAAGAGAACAUUUCUUUAUUUUCUUCUGUGUGACACAAAAAUAUCCCUUCUGUAUCACCCUCUACAUAUCUGUACCCUCCGCGCGUACACUUAGCACAGAAGCCACUUAAAGCAAUUUGCAUCAGUAUUUACCCUGUGGUCUUUUACUGUUGCAUAUCCCUAGUUUUCAAGUUACUGGGUGCAGUGUUUGUUUUUUGAUUUCUCCCCUGUUCCCCACCACUGUUUUAAAGAAAAAAAGUUGCCAUUUAUAGCGCUGUGUAUGUGAGAAAAAAAAGUUUUAAAAUCUGUUAUUAUAUGAACUGUAGAUGCCUUAUAAAGGAAAGCAUUACUGUUAUUGUUUGUCUUUAGGGUAAAGGGGGAGAGAGGGCUGAAAACAAAGUAUAAAAUCUUAAUGAAUUUAACAUUUAAAAGAAAAAGUUUUAUUUUGUGGAUUGUCAAAAGUUUUGGUAUCUUUAUUGCAGAUGUUGAGGAGGGUAUCAGUAUCACAGACAUAUACAUAUCUGACCAAAGUCAUCCUGUAGUUUUAACAACAUGUUUUAUUAUUUUAUAAGAUCCAUUGUAACCUGUGGAGUGAGAGAGAGCGAACGAGAGUGAGAGAGAGAGAGCGAGAGUGUGAUGAAGUUAAAAUAGUAUAAGGCUGGCUCAGCCAAUUUUACCAUUUGUAAAAAAAAAUAAGAAAAAAGAAAAAUAUAUAAUUUUUGGUUAUAUAUUAACUCGUCUGGUUACCAUGUUUGACAAUAAAACAAAAUGGCAAUAA